AUGUUGUCUCUGGCAGUGACUCCUUCCCGAUUCCUUUGUACAACAAACAGAGAAGCGCAUGCCCUUCCUCAGGUUCCCUUCCUGCCAAGUGGGGAAAAGAAGGUCCUACAGCACUUCAUGGAGAAAGAGGAUUGGGACAAGCGGACAUCACCAGUGGAGUUCCUCCUCCUGCUGGGACUGAGUAAUGUCCCCAAGCUUCAGGCGCCUCUCUUUCUCCUCUCCCUCGGGAUCUACAUCGUGACGGUGUUUGUUAACAUCCUCAUUGUUGUGCUGGUGCUGGCAGAUGGGCAUCUUCACACUCCCAUGUCCGUCUUCCUGGGGAAUUUCUCCAGUGUGGAAAUCUGCUACACCUCCACUAUCCUGCCCAGGCUGCUGGCCAGCUUCCUAGCCAGGGACAGAACCAUUUCUGCCCAAGGCUGCAUGGCACAGUUCUUUUUCUUUGGCUGUUUUGCAGUCUUCCCAUUUGGACUCACACUGGUAUCCUACAUCUGCAUCAAAGCUGCAGUCCUGAGGAUCCCAACCACCAUGGGGAGGCAGAAGGCCUUCUCCACCUGCUCCUCUCACCUCAUCUUGGUGACUGUUUUCUAUGGCACCCUCGUCCUUGUCUAUAUGACACCCAGGACAGCCUCCCUGAGGCAGCUCCAUAAAGUCCUCUCCUUUUUCUACACCAUCCUCACGCCCCUGGUCAAUCCACUCCUCUGCAGCCUGCGGAACAGGGAGGUCAAGGGGGUUCUUGGAAAUGCACUCAGAAAAACUGUGGCCUGCAUCGAGAGCUCAUACAUGUUGUGA